CUCUACGAACUGAAAGGCCGGUAAACUUUCAGCGUUUUCUCGGCGGGCACCUUAUAAUUUUACGGAAUUUAAUUUCUUUCCGCUUUGGAGAAGAAGUUGUUCUGCAUUAGCAUGUGUCGUCUGCUUUUUGUCGUCUGUUUAGCAAUGUCUGGAAUCAUCACAAAAGUGAACUGCAGUGCAGGAAAGGUCUGGACCUACAGAGGUAAACUUGGUCCUGACCACUGGCAUCUGGACUACCCUCACUGUGGCGGCGUGAAACAAUCUCCCAUAAGUAUUCAAACUAAUGAAGCUAUUGUUGAUGUCAACAGACUCAAACCAAUUGUCUUAAAAAACUACGGUUCUGUUCCCAAUAACAACUACACUAUUGAAAACAAUGGACAUACAGUAAAGGUAACCUUAAACGAGGACUACAAUGAAAUAAGUGGCGGUGGACUUCCAGGAACGUUUGUGGCCAGUCAAUUCCAUUUUCAUUGGGGCACGACAGACAAACGAGGUUCUGAACAUGACGUGAACAGAAUUCACUUUCCAAUGGAGAUGCAUAUAGUUCAUUUUAAUAAGAAAUACGACAACAUAUCAACAGCAGUGGACAAAGAUGAUGGAUUGGCCGUCCUCGGCUUCUUCUUUCAGAUUGGCCGUUACAACAAGCAUAUGCACGAAGUAAUUCGCCAUUUUAAACAGAUCAAAUAUAAAGGAACACAUGUGGAUAUCAGCCCAGAACCACUAGCAAGAUUAGUACCAGAUGACUUGUCCAAAUUCUUUAGAUAUGAAGGCAGUUUGACAACCCCUCCUUGUUACGAGAGCGUCACUUGGACUUUAUUCAACAAAACCAUUGAAAUUGCUGAAGAACAGCUACAAGAUUUCCGACAAACAAUUCUAGAAAACACAGAUGGUGACAAUGGCAUACCCAUGGACAUUUCAGACGACUUCCGCCCAGCUCAGUGCUUGUUCCGGCGUAGAGUAUAUGCCAGUCACCCGUCCCUCCGCUACAGUGAUCACUUUAACACCGAUUUUAAUAACUUAAACUCAUCGAAAACUGUUGUAGGGCAACUUUCAUUUUUGAUGCUAGUUUUAACAAUGAUCAAUUUAUUAUAAAAGCAUUUUAAUACCAUAUAGCGACUAUGACCUUUUAUGAACAGCAUCGAGCGAUUUUGGUCCACGAGGAAUGGCAAAAUGUCAGCAACAAUACUUCAUAAAGUCACGUUUUGAUUAUAAAUUUUUGUUGUUUGUCAUGUCAAAAAAGGUAUUGGUGUGAAAAUUGACUUGUCCUCAAUAACAGUAAGAAAAUAUACUAUAACGAUAGCAUCACGUUAAGUUAAAGGGUUAAAAUAAUAUGUGCAUCUCACGGACCGAAAUUGUUAAACGAGAAUUGUUAUGAUGACUAUUAUUGAUGACCAUGGUAUUCUGGCUUUGCUAGAUCUAUCAAAGAUGUAAUGACUCCGAAUAUUUGAAAGUCUUGAACAAUUUUGUGGUACGUGUUUAGUCACAUACAUGUAUAUGUAAUUUUAUCAUUUGUGUUUUUACAUAUUUGUCUUGUUGGGGGUCUUAAUUCGCUAAAUUAUUGUUCAAAGUUAGAUUAUGAAGAUCUAAUAUGAUAAUGUAUGAAUACAGAAAACCAAGGCAUGCAGACAGAUGAGAUUGGCCAAUAGCAUUGCAAAGAAAAACAUUUCUUAUUAAUUGGAGUGUUUAUUAGUUAGUUCAUUUUAUUUUAAUUGUACUUAUUCAGUACCAAUUACACACAAUGCAUGUUUAGUUAAGGGCUGAGAUGACCGUUUGUUGAGUGCUUUUUUAGAACAAUGAAAACCAUACAUAACACUACAAUUUGAAAGAGUAAAUUUGGCUAAAUAGACCAUUGUAUCGUUACAAAAUACAAAUACAGCUAUAACAACAACUAAGUUUUGUUGUAUUGUUCGCUUUUGAAUUUACUAAACUUAUUCAUUCGAUGAAAACGUUCACUUUGUUGCCAACGUUUACAUUUUGCAAGUUAUUCAUGGUUUCAUAGGUAAAAACCAUAAAAACAGAUUCAAAGGGAUUUAAAGGCCCCCAUCAAUGCUGAAAAUUAAAACCUGAAAAUGACAUUCACCUACAAUAUAUACUAGUACUAGUAAUCUCACAGAAUAUCAAACUAAAUUUUCUACAGAGAAUCAGUACACUCUCACCUGUAAAGUUCUAAAUGAGACUCAAAAUGUAACAUCUGUUAAAGACUAAAAAAAAAAGUCAUCUGACAUAAAACGAGAAAAUAUUCCCCCACCGUAUCUAAAAUAUACCUAUUAGUAAAAAAUGAAUAAAAAUGAAAUUGUUUUUACGUACAAGUGUCAGGCAGAAAAGUUCUUAUAGUAAAUGACAUUUCCUUUUUUUAGAUAUAUAUUGUCAUAUCAUGACAUAAGUACAGUCAUUUGGUUAUACAUUUGAAGUAUGGUACUAAGAAUAACGGUUAUAUAUCGCAGGUAUAAAGACGCAUU